AUGAUUGUCGGACAAAUUCUAUUAGGAUUGACUGGACUGAGUAUAUCUCUCUAUGCGUGGUACGUCAAACAACAACGACAACGAAAUCCGAAAUACAAAGCCCUAUGUGAUAUAGGUCCGAAUGCUAGUUGCAGUCGAGUAUUAACAAGCGAAUAUGGCACCGGAUUUGGCCUUGUUGGUUCAUUGUUUGGUCAAAAUAGUAUGAUGAAUGCUUCUAAUGUUUAUUUCGGUAUGAUAUUCUAUAUCUUACAGAUCAUUUUCGGUUUAAUAGCAACACCAUUGUUCACUAAAUUUGCACUAGUUACAUCUACCAUAUCUUGUCUAGGUUCGAUCUAUUUAGCUUACAUUCUCGCAUUUGUCCUUCAAGAUCUAUGCCUCGUAUGUGUGGCGAGUUAUGCAAUCAAUGCCGGUCUUUUCUGGUCCAAUUUACGAACAAUUUAUUCAAUCAUAGACGCAGACCUACGCCGCGAUAUCAAUCGCCAUAAAUUUGGAACAACCGAAUUAUGCGGUGAUAACGCAUCAAUAGUGAACUACGGCGUGUUAACAUGUGCAUCGUGUCGAACGUUUUUUCGUCGGAAUGGGUUCAAUACAAAAGAAAUUGCAGUUUGUCGGUUUGAUGGUCGUUGUGAAAUAGUGAAAACCACAAGGAAAUACUGUACAGCUUGUCGAUUGGCCAAAUGUCUCAAUGUUGGGAUGAAUCCUGAUCUAAUUCGCAAAGAAGAAUUAACCAAAAUAAAACGUAAACCUCCCGCGACUAACUUCCAAGAAUCGACUGAGCACAUAACAACCACGAUCGUACUCAAUACAGUACCACAAACAUCAGCAUUAGAUCUUGUCACACAUGAUUCUUUAUUGACCAGUACCGAUUUACUAACAAUAUCGAAUAUUGUUCAUGCAUUUGAUACGUUCAGCCCAGUGGCGGAUAUUCGACGUACAAUUGAUACUUUGCAUUCAUCAGCUUCCAAUUCUCAAUUCGAUUCUCAACAAACAAUUCAAAUGCUCUCGUCAUUUUCCAAUUGUCUACUACUAUUUCUCAGCUCAACGCCUGACUUCAAAGUGUUAACAACAUCGGAGCAACGAUCUCUACUACAACGAAACAUGUUCGGCCUUUUAUCGCUUGGAGGAAUGUAUUUAAUGCGUGAAUCAGGAAUAUUCGAUACACCGGAAAAUGAAAUGAUCGUUGCCUUACUCUACGACAAUGAUACUAUUCGACAAGCACGACUAAUUAGUAAGCGAUUAGAUGAUCCAAUACUGAUAAAACUGAUGUUAGUUGCGUUGGCAUUUUCGUCGAACUGCCUGACGCAAGCCAAUCACAGGAAUUUUGAUAGAGAUAGUUUAUUACACGGUACAUUUCGUUUGUUCGGGAGUCAAAAUGUAUACGUCGAACUUCUUUGGAAAUAUUUAAAUCAUCAACACGAUGAUUAUCAAGCAGUACAGCGAUUUUCCAAACUGAUUAAAUUAUUUCUUGAUACAUUCAAAUUUUCAUGUGAAGUCUAUGAGACGAAUGAAUUAUAUAAAAAAUUUAUCGAUAUUGUUACCGAAGAAGCAGAAAAAUCUUAUCCAAACGUCAGUCGCACUUUGAAAACCACAAGGUUAUUCGAACGUCUGAUGCGCGUUUAUCACGAUUGUAUGCAAAUCCAACAAGAGACAGAUAUAUACUUUACAAAGCAGCUUGCUUUGUUUCUGUCGAGUUCGUGA